GCCUCUGGCUUCACUUCCGGGAGGCUGCACCCACUGGCUGGACCCCGGUUCUCCCCUUCUGUUUCUUCUUCUUCUCAGGCCGGGGUUAAGGUGUCGCGCACGGCGAGCGAGGGCAGCCGGUCCCGGGCCGGGCCCUGACUGAGGUGGCGGGAAGUGGGCCGCGCGAGCCGCAUGAGUGGAUGGAGCCGGGCUCUGGGCUGCAGCGAAGGGGGCCGGGGUUCGGCGGGGGCGGGCUGGGCUCGGCCGGGGUCUCCCCCGCGCUCUCGGGGCCUCAGGCCCGCCGCAGGAAACAGCCACCACGGCCGGCCGACUUCAAGCUGCAGGUGAUCAUCAUCGGCUCUCGAGGCGUCGGCAAGACCAGCCUGAUGGAGCGCUUCACGGACGACACUUUCUGCGAGGCCUGCAAGUCCACCGUAGGUGUUGAUUUUAAAAUCAAAACAGUAGAGCUAAGAGGAAAGAAAAUUAGAUUACAAAUCUGGGACACAGCAGGUCAGGAAAGAUUCAACAGCAUUACCUCAGCUUAUUACAGAAGUGCCAAGGGAAUAAUAUUGGUAUAUGAUAUCACAAAGAAGGAGACGUUUGAUGAUUUGCCAAAAUGGAUGAAAAUGAUUGAUAAGUAUGCCUCAGAAGAUGCAGAGCUACUAUUGGUUGGAAAUAAGUUAGACUGUGAAGUGGACAGAGAGAUUAGUCGGCAACAGGGAGAAAAAUUUGCUCAGCAGAUAACUGGGAUGCGUUUUUGUGAAGCUAGUGCCAAGGAUAAUUUUAAUGUGGAUGAAAUAUUUUUGAAACUAGUUGAUGACAUUUUAAAAAAGAUGCCUUUGGAUGUAAUAAGAAAUGAAUUGUCCAACAGCAUCCUGUCCCUACAGCCAGAGCCAGAGAUUCCACCAGAACUGCCUCCUCCGAGACCUCAUGUCCGUUGUUGCUGACUUCCUGUUGCUUCCCCCAGAAUGGAAAAGUUGACUAGCAUAAAGGAAGGGGAAAGCUGUUUUAUUCUGCAUUACAAUCAUAUGGCGGUUGUUUGUUGCACUUUGAUUCAGAGUCAGAGCUACACACUAAUUUGUAAAUAUGCAGAUAUGCAAACCUGGGUAAGAUAAGGCUGUAACUGGUUAAACAUUGCUCUUUUCAAAAGUGUUUUUUCACUACUCUUUCCCCAGCCCUAUAAAUAUUGUACAAUUUGGUGGGAAACACAGCACUCCCAAACCUAGGAUGUAAGAAAUUAAAUGCAAACUUAAUUAUUCUGAACAUAAAUGUUGUAAUAGUCCUUGAUAUAAACAGAAUCUCUUAGUAUAUGGUGCUUUCAUAGCUUUUUUAAAAAAAAUUUUUUUAAUUUCAAUUUUGACAUGUAUAAUGCUUUCUGAAGCAGCAUUAUCCCUUAUAAAUUCAAAGAAAUUGAAUUGUAGCAUCUUCAAAUGGCUGGUUAAAACACUUCUGUGUAUGAUUACUCAGAAGUAAGUCCUUUGGUCAUUGGGGCUUAAGGGUUUACUCUAGCGUAGGGAUCCAAAGGUUUGACGCCUUUGAGCGCAGUCCAUCCAAUAAGUAUUACAGUAGGCCUCCAUUAAUUUCAACAUGUGAUCUCAGACAGGUACUACUGAAGUGAAGGGAGAUUGUACAGCAGCAGGAUUGAGUUCUAAACACACAGGCAAAUGGUGCCACCAGUGCUUCUUUAUUUAUUAACUCUUACCCUGGGCCAUUUGUAUGUGUGUACCAAGGCGCUGUGUUCUGUGUAGUUUUUAAAGGAUGAAUUGGCACCUUGACCUAAUUAGUGUCCUCAAAAAUAAAUUAGCUAGCAGUCAGAUUCUGUAUAAAGCAGAGAGAGAUUUGCAAAUUAUUUUUUAAAAAAGGUUUAAGAGAUAUUUCUUCUGUCAUAGACAAAUUCUUUUAACAUUAUUUUUAAAUCAUUUCCUGUGUUAUAAGGAAUAAUAUAUGUUUAUUUGUCUGAAAGAAAUUGGAGAGGUUUUUUUUUUUAAUAUAAGUAAGCUUAUUCCCAUCAAAAAUUCUGAGUUAAAGAAGGAUUGGAUUUUUUUUGUUUUUGUUUUGGUCAGAAUGAAUUUGUAAACUGUAUCUUUUUGGUAUAUCUUUUAUUAAAUCUGCACUGUAUACUUUAGUUGUGGUAAGCCAGUAGUUUUGUAUUUGAAUAACUUGAUAUGUCUUUAAUGUUGUGGUAUUGAAAAGCAUUGUCGUUCUAUACUAAUGACAUGCCAAUAAACUUUUGUAUUUAUGAAUGACAGUGGAACUGCAUCUCUUACUAGAAUGCCAAAUCUCAAAUAUUGCCCCCCCAAGAAGAUCCAAUUUUGAGAGAAAUUGUUAAAAUUAUCUUUAUAGUUGGUUAAGCCUGUAUAUAUGGAUGUAUUGACUUGCAGCAAAAUCUUACGCAUGCUUUCUCAGUUGUGAGUUUCAUUGAGUUCAAUGCAAUUCAGUCCCUUAUCAGUGUUUAGGACUAAAACCCUAAUCCAGCUGGUAUCCUGUGGCUUGUUACAGUUCUUCAAGAGGCUGUAGCAAAAGUAAUUAUGAUUUAUCAAUGCAUGAACUUCAGUUGUAUGUGCUAAGCAAUUAGUCUGUAUUCCACUGACGUUUCUGCCAUUUUCUCUUCAGACUUCUGGGACAUAAAAAAGUUACAGUUUAAGUAUACAAAAUGGUUCCUACUGAACUUAGUAUACCUCAUUUAAAUCAUUUAGGUCCAAGUAAUUAAAAAUGCACAAUUGAAAUGUAUUUCUUCUACCACAAUGUGCCUAUACAAGUGUCAUUCUUCAUACAGAUACUUUAAGGCUUUCUACCAUAAUGAUUAGAUGACGUUUGCCAUUUUUGUACCAUUGUAGACUUGUAUUAUAGGUGAUAACCGUGAAAACAGACUUACGGACAAUACAUUUAAACUUGAUAAACAUUUAGGUGAUCUUCCUGUAUUUAAAAUUUGUUGUUUGCUUUCAAUUCUUGAAUAAAAAUAUAAGAA